UAUACGUCUUGUCCUCUAAUCUCUGGUUAUAUGCAGCUGAAUAUCACUUUCAUUACUCCCUUGGAUAAUCCGCUCUGCCACAAAUAAAUUUUUUAUUUGGUUCAAUCAUCCAUCAUUCCGAGCCUACUGAUUUGACUAAUUCAAAUUCUGCGAAAAAUCUCCCUACUAGGAUUGACCUUUUCCAGAAUUAGACCACGAGAUCUCAUUCAUCUCACCACACUACUUGAUGAUUUUGCCGGCCUUAUUGUCUUUUUUCCCUUUUGGCACUUUUGGGAAUCUGUUAUUCUCACUCUGAUCUGCUUAUAUGCACAAAAUUUGUACAAACUAAAUCAACAUAUUCUCAUUGAGGGGAAAUGGAUAUCAAAGUUGAGAUUAUCUCUAAAGAAACAAUCAAACCAUUUUCUCCAAGUUCAAAGAGUCAUAAAAGCCACAAGCUUUCUCUUUUAGAUCAGAAGGCUCCAAAUUGUUACACUACAUUUGUUCUCUUCUACAACAAGAACUCAAGUAGUGAUUUGGAAAAUGUUAUAGAUUCUCUUAAGGUAUCCCUCUCGAAAACCUUAAGUUACCUGAACCCGCUUGCAGGAAGAGUUAAAGAUGGAAUCACAGUUGAAUGCAACGACCAAGGUGUCGAUUUAACGCGUGCCAACGUUCAUGAAGACAUGUCAAAUGUGCUUAUGAACCUGAAAAUUCAAGUCCUGAGAAAAUUACUCCCAAUGAAUCCAUUAACAAGAUCAGAUGACAAUGUCUUGUUGGCACUACAGAUAAACUGUUUUGCUUGUGGUGGAAUUGCUAUAGGUGUUUGUAUUAGUCACCUUAUAACUGAUGGUUCAUCCAUCGCCACUUUUCUCAAAACCUGGGCAAGCAUUAGUCAGAGUCGCGCAGAAAAUGACAACAUUACUAUUUCAGACAAAUUGUUCAUGGAUUGUACUUCCAUCUUUCCACCAAAAAAGGUCCAUAGUUUUUCUGUGUUUCAAUUUGGGGGAAAAGAUCAACUUCAACCAAAAAUGGCAGCAAGAAGAUUCGUGUUCGAUGAGUCCAAUAUUUUGGCUCUGAACACGAAAGCAGAACGUUCAACUUCUCAAGUAGAGGCUGUGCUAGCCUUUGUAUGGGAAUCAGUUAUUGCAGCUAUGCAGAAAAGGAGCAAUAACAAUGGUAUCAAGAAUUAUGUAAUUCGAAUUCCAAUAGACUUGAGGAGAAGAAUUCAACCUCCAUUACCUCAACAAACCAUGGGAAAUAUCAUACAUAUGGUUGAGGCAAAUUGGGAAGUUUCUGAGGGACCUUUAGACUAUAAGUUACUAGUGAAAAAAAUUCAAGAUUCAAUAAAGAAUGUGACUAAACAUGGCUAUGAUGUAAAAAAUAUGGAUGAUAGAGUAAGAACAUUGAAUAAAGAAGAGAGAAUACUUGGCUCCACUAGUUUUUGUAAGUUUCCUUUCUAUGACAUUGAUUUUGGAUGGGGUAGGCCAAAAUGGGCAUCUGUUGGAAGCAUAGCUCCCAAUUUGGUUGUUUUAAUGGACACUAGUGAUGGGAAGGGAAUAGAAGUAUGGCUUGGGUUGGUAGAGGAAGACAUGGCCAUACUUGAGAAAAAUCAAGAAUUCUUCAAAUUUGUUUCUCUAAGUCAAUCUAUUUUCUGAAUGCAAGUUUCCUUCAUUCACAUGUAAUCCAAAGGAACAAAUAGGUUUUACUGGUCUUAUAUUUAUACAGAACAAGUCAAAAACAUAUUUAUCUCAA